AGAAAAAAAGGUUUUAAAACGGUUUCUGUUGUUAUGUGUCCUAAUGAACACAUCCCUGCUGGGCGUGCGACUCUUCUUCAGGCACAGUCGGCCCAAGAUGUGUUUCAUAAACACAGGACCAGGGAAAAUGGCAUCGCAGAGAAAACACAGGUUGAACACUCCCCAACCCCUGGCUCCAGCAGCCUGCCUCUGUGUCCUCCUAGUCCUAACUGUGGCAGCCACGGGCAGUUAUAUUCCUAGUACCAGUCUGCUGUGUAACUUCUGCCCUCUACAGCACAAAGGAAGGUCCUGCAGUAACGAUUCCACCACUGAGUGUCUCCCGCAAGAGCGCUGUGGUACUAGCAGUGGGCGUUUCGGUUCCACUCACAUCCUGUCUGCACAGGGCUGCUUGACCCCUGACCUCUGUAACUCCACCCAUGCCGUGACCUACCGAGGGGUCAGCUAUAAUGUGACAUACAGGUGUUGUUGUAGGGACAAGUGUAACCAGCCUCCAGCCCCUGACACCUACAUUAAGAGUCUGUUAGGAGUGACGUUGGGGCACAGUGAGAAGCCGCCUCCUUCCGCAACGGACCCUCUGCAUAGAUGCCCUGGAGAUGAGGACGUGGCGGAGGAUGAAGCCGUGGCUUCGCUACACGGAGAAAACGACAUAACUUCCAUCUAUAAAGUCCUCUCAGAUCUCCAGGAGUGGCUAAAGAGUAGCGGCUAGGGGUCCGUCUGGAAUUCAGCCAUACUUGUCACUGGGGGACGGGCCUGUUAGCCACAGUCCCUGUCCCCCCACCCUCAUGCAAGGGAUGGGCCUGUUAGCCACAGUCCCUGUCCCCCCACCAUCAUGCAAGGGAUGGGCCUGUUAGCCACAGUCCCUGUCCCCACCCUCAUGCAAGGGAUGACACUUAUUCAAGUAGAUGUUUUAUUUCCAGUGUAAAAUGUGCUUAUUUAUUCAAUUAUUUGUAAUAACUGACGUAAAGUGUAAUCUGUUUUUAGUGAUGUUGCAAUAUUGACUUGUGGUAAAAGCUGUAGUUCUCAGUGUGGUAGCUGGUGAAUGGCGUGAAUACAGAAAGCAUGUUGAAGUAACUGUCUAGUGUCUCCAGGUUUCUAUGAAAUAUUACAAUGAGUGAAAUAAUGUUCCUUCCAAAACAAUGGGGUAUUAAAGAACCAGUGCAGUGAAAAAGAAA